CGUGAAACAAGUCAACGAACAAGUGUUCCAAUUUGGCGCGAAGAUUAAUUUCAAAGUAUUCAGCAAUGGUGAUUCGCAUAAGUAAAGUGAUUUUUUUUACACAACUCAUCUGAUAUUAUUGGUAAAAAUAUGUCAUCCUAAAUAUUUGUCUGUAGUUGUGUUACAAUACAGUAAACGUUUUAUUUACAUACUAUCUCAAGCCAAGCCAAAAUUCACUGCAUUUCACACUCACGUCUAAGUAAGAGCCAUGAAGUUAUUCCAAACGCCUUCACUUGGGGAUUUUAAACCUCCUUUGCUCAAUGAUGAGGCAACUGUUGGUUUGGUUGACGGUAGCCUGCGGUACGUGGAUCGCGAACAUUUGAAUAUAUGCAUGCAGUCGUAUGCUGCUUACCUACUCGAUCAUCCCAAUGCAACUGUGAGCUCUGAUAUGCUUGCAAUACGAGAAGCUGGUAAUGGUAUUUCGGCCAAAGAUAUGUUUUUACCGGUUCAGGAAAGUGCUUUGAAAAAAAUUGCAAGCGUGUGGCGUGACAAGGGUUUCAUCGAGGCAGUUCACGCAACUGCAGAAGAGGAUCCGGCACAGGUUACAAAAAUCUUACACUGGAUAACUACAAGAUUAUCUCGCCUGUUUGAUUUGGUGGACAAGCUAGCAUUCUGGAAUGAGGGAUUACCGAUGCUAACUUAUGGUUCCGCAGCUGAUAUAGCUAUCACACGUGACUGGGCUACUGCCAUUGUUCGUUGUUUAGCCUGGCAUCCACAUUGUACACGUCUUGCUUUAGCAACACGAGACGAUAGGAUUCGUGUGUUCUGCAAGAACGUGCAGGGCGCAGCAGUUCUGAGACACAGCUUUCAAAAAUCCGUAUCUUGUUUGACUUGGAGGCCCAAUUCUGGUAGAGAGUUGGCCGCUGCUUGUCAGAUGGGGAUUUUAAUCUGGAAAGUAGAAUUGGGAGCAGCUAGCAGUUCGCUGAGUCAAGCACUGACUCUCCGACAAAGAGGACAUGCCCCAGUCACAAGCGUUGCUUGGAAUCCACAGGGUGACUUAUUGGUAUCUUGCUCUCCAGCAAAUAACAAUAUGUAUAUCUGGGAUACAUCUAGAGAAUUGGCAGUCCCUUUAAAAUGUGUCAGAGGGGGCGGACUCUGCUUUGCGAGAUGGUCUCACUGUGGUUCUAGGCUACUGGCAGCAUCCACUCAUUCUGUCUUCAGAAUAUGGAACACUGGAGACGGCUCAUCUUGGAAAUCCGAAAAGUGGAUGGUCCCAAACGGUCGGGUUGCUGCAGCUUGUUUCGGGCCAGAUCUUACGCUUUUAUUUGUUUCAACCGAAGUUCCAGAGAUAGUAUUUUCACUGCCAUUACAAGAAAAUAUUUUUGACUUGAAAAAUUCAGGUGUAAAUAACGACGUUAAAGCUGCCACGGCUAUAAUUGAUCUGAAAAAAACAAUUUUAUAUUCCGAUCAGCAUGAACAACAAUGUCUUGGAGGUCGAGUGAUAGCUAUGGAGUGGGAUCCUACAGGAAAAUAUCUUGCCAUUAUAUUUCGGGAUAGUCCAAUCGUUGUCGUGUUUGCAAUGAAACUGCAGGCAGGUUCAAUAGCAGCUGACGCAGCUGAAGGGUGCUUGAUUAAAGGCUUUCCUGGAGAGGUACCGAAUUGUAUGAACUUCCAGCAGGACUUUGACUCUAAUUCUGACUUUGGAGGCGCUUGCCUGACAAUCGCGUGGUCAAGUGGAAGGGUUCAACAUUUUCCAUUAGUCAAUUCCAACAGUGUUGUGCAUUCCAGCUUUACCACGAAUCACUUGUAUAUAAGUUAAAAAUCCAGGUCAUUAAUUUGUCACUGAGAAAAUGAAUUGUGAUACCAUGAUAUAGAUGUAAAACUAGAUCGUCACUCAGGCAUAACCGUAUUUUUAUAAUUCCAAGUUUGAUUUUUUUGAGAAUCAAUCACUGUCUUGUCCAUCCUUAUAAUAAAAUACGUGCAGUAUAUCUUAUGUAACACCUUGAACUAGUUAUGUGCCAUUUGAAUCAAUUUCGUUAUUAUGAAUACAUGUGUAUACAAUAUCAAUAUGAGUUACAUUUGUUAUUUGUACUUAGAUUUCAAAGACAUUGAAAACAGAAAAUUAAUAAAUAACAUUUUUACAUGGGUUGUUGGAAUUUUCUCAACGUACAAUAAUAGUUUGCUACCUUUUAUUGAAAAUUGUAAAACAAAUUUUAUCAUGCUUUCAGGAUCACGCUAAAAAACUGUUUCUGUUGUUUUCAAAAUCGUUGACAAACAUGUUAUAUAACGUGAGCGAAUUAACGCAUUUUGGUUACGAAUUUUGAAUUCAUUAUUCAGUGCUCAAUUAUGGGAUAUGAGCUACGAGGAAUUGUUCGAGAUUGGGAUUCAGUUGUCUUAAUAUAACUAGAAAUUUUGCUACUUGUAUCAUACCAUAUACAUGUAUUUUGUGAUUGUAAGUAGUACUUUUACUAUAAAAACAAUGGAAACUGAAAUUAUGCGUUCUUUGGCUAGUUCCAAACUACAUGAAUUAACGAAUUAAUUUGCAUACGAAUAUUCGUCAUAAACGUUAAUCCGCAUCUAAAACUCAAAACAUUGUUUUUCAAUUUCAUAUUUAAAAGGUAUCAGUGAGAAAUCUGUUCUUAGUAUAAAAUUUUUAUUAUACCAUUGAAUGAAAAUACAACAAUUUAGUAUUCAUUUCUCGCUUGCAUAUAUUAACCAAAUCUGUAUUAUGUGAUUAGAUUUAUAGUUAUGCAUUACAUGUUUUAGAAAACAAUUUCGUAAUCUUGUUACAGUAUUGUAAUUAAUUGUUUAUUGGUUGGUGUUCACUUUGUUGGAAAAUAUAUGCAAUUUUUAAUAUACUCUUUUACAUUCAUUACUCUAACACGAUUAUCAUCGUUCUACAUGAAUUUGUUUAAAAAAUACAUUUCGAGUUAUAUAUUCGACUCAUUUUACAAUACGUAUAUAUAUAUAUAUAUACAUACAUACCUAUAUAUAUAUAUAUAUAUAUGUGUGUGUAUAUUAUUACCCCAAUGAAUUUGGGUUAUACAAUCGCAAAAAAAUUUUAAAAAUGAUCGAUUUAAUAGAAUUUUAUACACUUUUCUACUACAAAAAAACUAAAUUACCAUCAAGUUUCGAACGAUACACUCGUACACUCAUGUUCUCGAAGUAAAACAGUACACUAAUUAAUGAACAAUUAACGCAUAGACCGAAUAGUGGAAACAAAUAUCUCGCAUGUUCAUAAUUUACGGUAGAUAAUAUUUAUUUAUUUAUUUAUCUAUAGGGUGUUUCGUUUGUGUAAAAAAUUUGCAACAUCAUUUAUUCAGUUAUAAAUAUUAAAAAUUCUAAGUAUACAAGAAAAUAGAGCCCAGAAUUUGUUUGCAGAGCUAGCGAUAUUUGUAAUAAGAAUUAUUCAAGUGGAAGAUACAUGAAACUUUCUGGAAAACAUAAAAAAUUUGUUUCAGUAUUCUUACAUUUCAUCGUUUAUGAAUAUGUGGUACUAUUGUUGUAGAACUGAGGUGAAAAAUGUAAUUAGUGACGUGAACAUAGUAUAUGUAUUCGAUUCUGGGACGUUAGUAAUAUAUAUUGUUCUGAGUUUGAUUUACACCAUUAUUAGCAAAUUGUUAGUUAUGCUUUGUCGACCGGUUGCAUCUUAAUAUUCAAGACACGAUUGUACUCAUAAUGUUAUCAACGAAAGGGAUGAAAUCUUUUAUACAUAUUAUCAGUCCAAAAAUUUCGUAGAAUAUAAUUCAAUAAUUAACAAUUAUCAUAUUGGUCGUAUAUUAUUAUUCAUCACCCACAGUUCCCACUUAAAGCAUUUAAAAAUAGUUCAUCAAUAUUUCAACUUCGAUAAUAAUUUAAUAUCUCAGCAUUAUGAUCUACAUCGCAAUAAUUAAAAUUAAAUAAUCAUAAAAAUUCAAAUUAAGCAGUUUCUACUUAAUAAUGACAAUGAUAACACAUAUUACUAGAAACAUAACAUUGGUAGCAGUAGUGACUUAAUGAAAACCUAAAUUGUACUAAGAAUCAACUAAAUUGCUAUAUUACCAAAGGCGGAUAGAAUAGUUCCUAGAAUAACAAUUCCAAUUUUUGCUCGAUAUCUUUUGUAACAUUUCGGUUAAUUACAUGGAAUCGAUUACUUAAGUAACUAAUGGCUUAAAUCCCGUGCUCUGGUAUUUAAGAUUAACCUUUGGGAACAAAUCAUCGGUAAUAUUAUUCCGUAGUAUGUGACAGCCAACGCAAUGUGUUUUAAAGAUCUGGAAACAUCAUUUAUUAAAGAGCAAUAAAAAUUUCUCACAUCUUCACAAACUGGUACAACGUU